AUGGUUGAAGGAUCUCAGGGAACAUACCAGGACCAAAAUACACAAAAUGAAGAGGAUAUUUGUGUGGAUGAAAUAAAUCAGUCAGCUUCAACCCAAAAUUCUAAAGUAUUCAAAAGGAAAAAAAAUGAAAUUGAAUCAAUUGAACUUAAAUUACUUGACACUAUGAAUAAACAUUUUGAAAAAUCAAAUUAUAAUCAAGAGAAUAAAACUGUAGAUACUGAUGAUGAGGAUAAGCUAUUUUGUCUCUCUAUAGUUAAAGAGCUCAAGAAGAUCCCAGAGGAUUAUAAAUUGGAUGCAAAAACAGAUUUAUUACAUACAUUAAAAAAAUGGCAACAAUAUUCAGCUUUAUCUCAUGUUCCACAAGUGAAUAAUUAUCAGUAUCAAGUUCCUACUGUUCCAAGUAUUUACAACCCUAUUCAUCGAUAUGCUGUGCCAUCAUCUGCCCACUCAAGUACACCAAGUGAACAAUUGUCACCAGAAAUGAUUCAUCAAAAUGAUUCAUAUUAA